ACAAAUCAGACUUCAGCAAAAACAACUCUUUUUCCAUGGGAUCAAUUAUAAAAAGAAUGACUUUGCAAUGAGCAGCUCAGUCUACUGGUCUCAUCAGUGAAAGGCUUGUGAAAAUUUCUGGAAAGAGCAUUGGCUGGCUUGUCCAUCUCUCUGUUUGGUCAAUUGCUGUGUUUCUGCCGGAUCAGAUGAGCAGAUUGGUUAGUGAAGGUCAGUGUGAGAAGAUUGUUUCCAAGCUUGAGAAGCUUCUGGAGGAUUGAAGAGUAUUUGAAGUCUGUGUCAAACAUCCAUAUCAUAAGUGGAAUUUUGGAGAUAUUCAAAGAAUGCUGUCAGAAGGAUAUCUCAGUGGACUUGAGUACUGGAAUGACAUCCACUGGAGUUGUGCCUCUUAUAAUGGGCAGGUGGCUGGGGAAAAGGAAGAGGAGACGAGUUCUGUUGCUACUCUUUCCUAUUCCUCUGUGGAUGAAACACAAGUCAGAAGUCUCUACGUGAGCUGCAAAUCAUCUGGCAAGUUUAUCUCUUCAGUGCAUUCAAGAGAGAGCCAACAUAGCAGAAGUCAGAGAGUCACAGUGCUGCAGACAAACCCCAAUCCUGUGUUUGAAAGCCCAAACUUGGCUGCAGUUGAAAUAUGUAGAGAUGCCAGCAGAGAGACCUACUUGGUUCCAUCUUCUUGCAAAAGUAUUUGCAAGAAUUAUAAUGACUUACAGAUUGCAGGGGGCCAGGUGAUGGCCAUUAAUUCAGUGACAACAGAUUUUCCCUCUGAGAGCAGUUUUGAAUAUGGCCCUUUGCUGAAGUCAUCUGAGAUUCCUUUACCCAUGGAGGAUUCCAUUUCUACUCAGCCCAGUGACUUUCCCCAGAAACCUAUCCAGCGGUACUCAUCCUAUUGGAGAAUAACAAGCAUCAAAGAGAAAAGCAGCUUGCAAAUGCAGAAUCCUAUUUCGAAUGCAGUGCUGAAUGAGUACCUGGAGCAGAAGGUUGUGGAGUUAUAUAAACAGUACAUUAUGGACACCGUGUUUCAUGACAGUUCUCCUACCCAGAUUCUGGCGUCUGAACUCAUCAUGACAAGUGUAGACCAAAUCAGUCUUCAAGUGUCUAGAGAGAAGAAUCUGGAGACCUCAAAAGCCAGAGAUAUAGUCUUUAGCCGCCUAUUGCAAUUGAUGUCAACUGAAAUUACUGAAAUUAGCACUCCUAGUCUCCAUAUUUCUCAGUAUAGCAAUGUAAAUCCAUAGAGAGGAUGCUUCCAUUACUGUCUCUCAUUUACUUAAACAUGAAGCAACACUGUAUCCAUUUAUUCUGAGAAUGUGCAGGAGGGGGUAGUGAAGGGGAAUUAAGGGCUAGAGAAGUAAAGGUCAGCUGGAAGUCAUGUGUGAAUCAUGGGGAAAUCUCAUAAUAUUACACUUGAUGAAGGAAUAUGGUAAGAGGAGCCAUAAGGAAUGAUUUCAAAGAGAGGUGUGUACAGCAAGGAAGCAAAAAUAAAAAUGAUCAAAAAAGAAAAGGUUAAUUCAUUUGAAGAAACAUAGGAAUUAAAAAAGAAGACAGUCAAAUGAGAUGAAACAAAAAGGCCAAAAGGUAGCCAGGCACAGUGCCUCAUGCCUGUAAUCCCAGCAUUUGGGAGGCUGAUGUGGGUGGAUUGCCUGACGUCAGGAGUUCGAGACCAGCCUGGCCAACAUGGUGAUACCCCCAUCUCUAC